GCGGAGCCCAGCGCAGGAGCGGAAUCCUCAGGCUGUAUCUCCACAUUCAAAUCAGGAAAGAUGUCCACGCAAGCUGGGGCGGAGAGCACAUCAGGCCGGCACGUUGCAGAAAGUCAUCGGCAAGAGUCGGCGCAAUUGCUGAUCUUUAACUUCUUACUGAUUCUCACUCUCUUGACAAUUUGGCUGUUUAAACACCGGAGAGUCCGCUUUCUGCAUGAGACUGGCGGGGCUAUGUUCUAUGGCCUUAUAAUGGGACUGAUCCUCCGUUAUGCCAUUCCAUCCCCUGACCCUGAAAACAGCAUUGUUCAUAAUUGUGAGAAUGUGACCAAGAGCCCUGGUACCUUGCUGCUGAAUAUUACAGACCGGCUGUAUGAGUAUGAGUAUAAGCGCGAGAUUGACAAACACAAUGUGAAUAAUCGGCAGGGAAAUGAAAUACUUCGCAAGGUAACAUUCGAUUCAGAAAUUUUCUUCAAUGUCCUCCUCCCGCCGAUAAUAUUUUACGCAGGUUACAGCCUGAAGAAGAGACAAUUCUUCCGGAAUUUGGGCUCAAUAUUAACCUAUGCUUUUAUAGGCACUGCCAUUUCCUGUAUUGUGAUUGGUGGCGUUAUGUAUGGCUUUGUCAUGGCUAUGAUCAACCUUGGUCAACUAAGCAAGCAUGACUUCUACUUCACUGACUGUUUAUUCUUUGGAGCUCUGAUUUCAGCCACUGACCCAGUGACGGUGCUGGCCAUCUUCCAUGAGCUCGACGUGGACACACAACUCUAUACGCUGCUGUUUGGGGAGAGUGUUCUGAAUGAUGCAGUCGCCAUCGUCCUGACUUACUCCAUAUCCAUAUACAGCCCAAAGGACAACCCAGAUACAUUUGAUGCUGCUGCUUUCUUCAAAUCAGUUGGGAACUUUGCUUGGAUUUUUGCUGGCUCAUUUGCCAUGGGGUCAGCAUAUGGCAUUGUCACGGCUUUGUUAACGAAAUUCACCAAACUCUGUGAAUUCCCGAUGCUGGAGACUGGGAUAUUCUUCUUCUUGUCCUGGAGUGCAUUUCUCUCAGCAGAAGCCAGUGGCCUUACAGGAAUUGUUGCUAUUCUCUUCUGUGGAAUCACUCAAGCUCACUACACCUACAAUAACCUUUCAGAUGAAGCAAAGAUGAGGACAAAGCAGCUCUUUGAAUUCAUGAAUUUUAUGGCUGAAAACUUCAUCUUCUGCUACAUGGGUGUUGCACUGUUCACCUACCAGAACCAUAUCUUCAAUGCCCUCUUCAUUUUAGGAGCCUUUAUUGCCAUCUUAGUAGCGCGAGCUUGCAACAUCUAUCCUUUAUCCUUCCUUCUCAACCUGCGGCGUAAAAGAAAAAUCCCCUGGAACUUCCAACACAUGAUGAUGUUUGCAGGCCUGCGAGGUGCCAUUGCGUUUGCGCUGGCAAUCCGAGACACCGACUCAAAACCCAAACAGAUGAUGUUCACCACAACCCUGCUGAUUGUGUUCUUUACCGUCUGGGUGUUUGGAGGGGGUACCACUCAGAUGCUCACAUGGCUUCGUAUCAGGGUGGGCGUAAACCCAGAUGAUGAGCUCAACCAGGAAAGUAUACAUGUGAGUACUGAUGGCAGUCAGGGGGUAAACAGCACCAAGGCCGAAAGUGCAUGGCUGUUCCGAAUGUGGUACAACUUUGAUCACAAAUACUUGAAGCCAGUUUUGACACAUUCUGGUCCACCACUCACAACAACACUGCCAGCCUGGUGUGGUCCUGUUGCUAAACUACUGACCAGCCCUCAAGCAUAUCAGGACCAUCAGAAGGAAGAUGACACAGAUUACAUCAUCAGCAAUGAUGAGCUGUCAGUGUACUAUGAAGACAGAACAGUGUCUGAUUCCUGCUCUGGUGAUGAACUAGGAAAGAAUAUACCUAAACAAGAGCAACCAGUGGCCAAGGAUAACUUCCAUGAAGGAUAAAUUCAGCUAACUGUGGGCCCUGCCUCAAAUAGAUUCCGAGUGGCCCUACUGAACAAAGCCCUUUUUGGCACAUAUCUGGUGAGAACAAAAUGGACGGGGAGAUGAAUUAGCUUCCAAAUGCUUGUACCAAUUCAAUUACCCCAGUUCUUAAACUCUUAAAGUUGCACGUUUUCCUGCUUAGCAGGCAUCAAGUUCAGUACUAAAAUCAAAACAAACAACUAGAACAACUGGACCAGUACUUACACAGUGAGUUCAUGAAUCCUUAAUGGUAAGACACAUGAGACCAAAAGGCUAACUGAUGACAUUUUUAGAAAAAUGUGAUUUUAAUUCUGUCCAGAGCUUCAAGAAUUUGCCUUUGCAACCAGAUUAAAGUAACUGCACUGGCUCAAUUUUUUUUUUCCUAUGUAAGGCUCUUGGAUGUCAUAUUAAACUUUGCUCUAUUCUGCCUCUGAGCUAGAAUAACCCUUGCUUGGGCCUCAGCGUACUGAUGCAGAAAUGAUUCAGAUGCAGACUUUGCUCUGCUGCUGCUGAAGAAGUAUCAUUGUGCUGUUGUGCAAACUUUUGAAAGCUUAUCAGUGUAAAUGUAAUAGUACCAUUCUGCAUUUCUUAUAACUCUGACUGGCAUUAGAAUGGUCAACGGUUUCACAUUCCACCUAAUACACCUUUUCUCACAAUGUUAUGUUACAUUCCACUGAUCUGAUGGUAUCAUGGCUUGAAUUUCAGUCAUGCUCUUCAUAUUCUCUGUUCAGUCACCUGACAAUGUUGACUAUGACAGACCACCUACAAAAAAAAAGGACAUGGAAUUGUUAUCCCAAUGUCUCAGUGAAUAAAUACACUUUGAAGUCUUCUGGUAUUUUGUGCCUUACAUUCUGCUGCGGCAUUAAGACAUAAAGAGCAGAUGAUCUCAAAAACAGUCCUGGAUAGGAGUCAAGAUGCAACAAUUACACUCCAGAGCUAGGAAGUGGAAUAAAGUCAUCUAAGGUUUAAGUUUCGAAUUGCUACCCAGUAGCCCCUGCUGGAAAGUGUGCAUUUGUAAGUGUUACCCAGUUACCCAGUAGCUCCUGCUGGAAAGUGUGCAUUUGUAAGUGUUACCCAGUUACCCAGUAGCUCCUGCUGGAAAGUGUGCAUUUGUAAGUGUUACCCAGUUACCCAGUAGCUCCUGCUGGAAAGUGUGCAUUUGUAAGUGUUAGAUAAGGAGAGGACUGGGGGCUCUGCCUUGAUGCUUUCAGCGCCAAAUAGCUUGUCAACACUCACUGUCACAACUCACACACGAAGCUGAGGUACUGGGGGGCUGUUGAUGUUCUUUAAGCUGUAAGAGUCUGUGCUCUCGGGAGAAGUGGGAAGUUGAUUUGGGAGGGUUGGGGAUUACAAAAAGGGCAGUUUGACCUAAAAACCCAUUGCUUCCGAUGCACCAUAUCAAGAAAGAGAGAAGAUUUUAGCAGUAAGGUUUAAGAUUAGAGAUCGGAAUUUGACUUUUUGUUCAUUGGAUUUUAAUAAAGGGCCUCCUAAAAGCUGUUUGAAGCUGAACAUCUCAAAACUGAUACUGAUAGAUUUUUGUUAGGAAAGGAUAACAAGAUUUAAAGAACCAAAGCAGCUGGAUUGAGUUAAGAUACAGAUCAGCCACGGUCUAACUGAAUAGCGAAACAGGCUAUGGAAGACCUUUUCAUAUAUUCUACUUAAUCAGAAUGUAAACAGUAUGUUGCAUUGGGAUUUAAAGAUGUUGCUUCAUCAAAUUUAAGAUAUACCUCCAGGAAAAAAAAUGGGAAGAACAUGUUUCUACAUCUGAGUUAAACUGUAUAAAAAAUUUACUGUCAAUGUCCAGUUGAAUUAUUGCUGUGAAAUAGCUAAUUAGAUACUCAAAUUCUUUUUGACAUACAUUAAUUUUUAGCCCACCUAAUGCUGUACAUAUUUUAAUCAGCAGGCUACGCUUAGCCCAUGUAAUCAUCUUGACUUUUUCUGGGUAUGCAAUGUAAAAGUUUUAUUUGAAUAUGAAAAUCUGUUUCUCCAGAAUUUUAAGUUUUCUGGAACUUUGUACCUUACUUUAGCAGAUUCACUUUAAUUUAUAGAAAGCUUUUUUCAUGCAGUCUCGUUCUUGGCAGAUAAAAGCCUUAUCAGGCUGAAAAUAUAUUAAUUGAAUCAAGCCUUUCUGCUAAGUUUAUGAUAGACACAAUUGAGUAACUUUACAUGGGCUGUGCAGCUUGUGAACAAGAAUGCCAUCUCUUCUAUGUAUAUGGUGAAGUCCAAGAAACAAAUAUUUAAGAGCAGAGUGAGGCACCAUAUACCUUAUGUCUGUGGAGAAGCCAUAUAAAACGGUGUUUGUACAACAUGUGUGAUGCACAGAUAUAAAGCACACAGUCACCUUUGCUUUGUCAUGCACAUUGAAAACAUCAGGUACUCAAAUGCUUCAGUUAUCAAGCAAGAUGUUUUUAGUCAGUUCCAAGCUAGUUUACUUGGCGUACUGCAUGAUAAUACAAGGCAGAAAUAGAAGUGGUGGAAAAUAACUGGAGUUAAAAACAAAAUCAGAAGUCUUCAUUUAUUUUCAAGAAGGAGAUGGUCACAAAUAGGAUGUGUAAACUAUAAAUCAAAAAUAAUAAUUGAUUAAAAUAUCAAGUGAGAAGCAGUGGUUGCAUAGUUAAGGGAGCUAGUGUGAGAGUUGUUCCAUGCUGAAAGAUUGGUUUAGCUGUAUCUCUCAGGGAUAGUCCCAUUUUGGGUGGCGGGGUCGUGGUUACACAAUCCUUAGGACAUUGUAUCCGACACAAAAUCAAAAAGAAUGGUAAAACUCCCAAAAAUUGCUGGAGAAGCUAUGGCAACAACUUGCUGACCCCCAAUCUAACAUAUUACCCCCUUUAAGCAUCAUAGAGCUAAAUGAUCUUGCAGACAUCAAAUAAGAGAAGAUGGCAUGUGGAUGACCCUCCAACACACCCCCAUCCUCUGUUGUUUUGAGUCAAAUCACUGUGGAAAGAGGUGCACACACUGCUUCUUAUUUGAUGCUUCUGUACUCUCUACGAUUAUGUACUUUUUAGGAUCAAACCAAAUGUAGUCCCUGAUCCUGGCCUGCUACCAAAAAUAAACACUCGCAUAAACAAAAUAUCCCUCACAAGACAAACAUUGCACAUCCACCAAAGAAAAUAGUUGGGAUUAAGCAAAAGAGCAAGGAUAAUUAAAGGUAGCAAACUACCCACAUAGAAUCUUUUCUUCCUGUUCACAAGCUGGCUUUAAAUGAACUUGUCUUUCAUGUAUUAUUUACCAACAAUGUAACGUGCCUUCUCAUAUUAUAAUACAGUGCACCUUAAGAAUUGAAAUAAAAUGGAAUGCAAUGAAAACAA